AUGGUUUUGAUCAUUUUACAUUUUGAUCUCGGAGAUGGUCAUGGAAUAUCUCUUGCUAAUAGUGUAUGUCUGGCAUUAUUAGUGCAACGAUGGUCAAAUUUAAUUAUGCUUAUACAAGAUGGUCGUUUACCAUUACUUGAAGAACUCGAUAUUACAAUUGAGCAACGAUCUCCAUAUGAUAAACAAGAAAACGAUGAUGAUAGACUUCAUUCAGUUAAUCUUUUCCCAUUGCGAUCACUUCGUUUAUGUGAUGUUACUUUAAAUAAUGUACGUGAUCUUCUUCUUUAUGUACCAUGGUUAUCUUUUAAAGUCGAUACACUUUUAUUGGUUCGUAUGCGAACAGAUGAUAAUGACAGCAUCACUAGUCUUCAUCAUCUUGUUGAUUUUAAAAAUUUACCAAUUAAUCAUCUGUCUACUCAAUUAGGUCGUUUUCAGCUUAUUCUCAACGUUGUAGCCGAUGAUGCUUUUUGA